AUGAACUCGAGGGAAAACAAGAGCAGCCGACCAACCUCCACUGCUCCUAAUUGCUUCGCGCUAUCUGCGAAGUCGCCGAAUUUACUUGCACAUAGCAACACGCAGGGUCAUGCACUAUCUGCUCCACAUGACCAAACCAGUGAUUCCUCGAACGGCCUUAAAACAUCCCGCGCGGAUGCAAUUCAUGGAAAAUCGUCACACGGAUUGUCAAAAACGGGCAGGACAAUCAGGCGUGAGGGGUCCGCUGUUCAAGCGAACUCGCCAGUAGCAGCAGCACCGCCGUCAGGAACAGCAUCACCGACCACCGCCUCUUCCCCCUCCUCCGUCAACGUUUCGCUCGGCGAUGCGAGAGCAACGCCCGCCGCCCUUCCCCACCCACCCUCACAGAACGCCUCGCUCGCCGCCGCUGCUGCCGCUGGCGACGCUGCGGCGGGUGCGGCUGGCGCGGGUCCGUCCGCUGACGCCACCGCAGGAGCAGGUGAUGGCGCGCGCGUGCAUAAGAGCGCGGAUGCGGACACGGCGCAAGCAGGAGCAGGUGGGCGCGAGGGCGUGGCGGUAACCAGCGGUGCUGGCGGAAGCGAGGCAGUGCAUGCGAGGGCAGAGUCAGGACAGACAUCGGUGGGCGCGGAUGAGACGCGCGCGCAUGGCGCGGUGGCGGGGAGUGCAGGUGGCAAGGUGGCUGGCGAUGGUGAGAAGCUCGAGGAGCGGAGUACCAAGGGGAAAGGUGGGGCUGGGAACGCGCAGCAGGCAGACAGCUCAGAGCAGACACCUACUGGGGACAGUGCACCUGACGCGGCAGCCUUGGCGCCUGGUGCCACGAAUUCCACUUCAGAUCGCCCUGUCGACGGCACUGGCACUUACAUGAACAAGGAGAAGGACAGAGUCAACGAGGGCGAUAAGGAAGACAAAGAGGGCGCCAAGGAGGACAAGGUCAACGACGACGAUGACGACCCCAACUGCCACCGCGUGCGCACCCUGCUCACCCCCGCGGAGCAGUGCGCGUACGUGACCACGCACCUGCCCUGCCAGCUGGGCUCCUGGAUUCACUACCUCGCGCUCUACUACUGCCGCUCGCUCGCCCUCACGCGCGCUGUCACUGCGGCGGGCAUGGCGGUGUGGCUGGGCGCGCUGUUCUUCAUGCUGGGCAACACCGCGGCGGACUUCUUCUGCCCAUCGCUCGAGCAGCUCUCACACCUGCUGCGCCUGCCGGCCACUGUCGCCGGUGUUACUCUGCUGCCUCUCGGCAACGGCGCACCGGACGUGUUUGCCAGCAUAGCAGCGUUCGUGGGCACGGGGCAGGGGCAGGUGGGGCUGAACAGCGUGCUGGGCGCCGCCACCUUCGUGUCCUGCGUGGUAGCAGGGGCUGUCUGCAUCGUCGCUGCCGUGGCUGCUGCUGCCCGGGCCAGGGCUGCAGGUCCGGCGGGGGCGAAGAGGCUGGUGGACGCCACAGUGGUGGACGGGCCCUCGUUUAUCAGAGACGUCUGCUUCUUCAUCACUGCCCUCCUCGUGCUGUUUGUGAUAGUGUGUAUGGGGUCCGUGCACCUGUGGACCGCCCUCCUCUUCUUCUCCAUCUACAUUGCCUACUGCUGCUGCGUCGCCUCCUUCCAACUCUCCUCCUCCUCUUCCUCUUCCGCCGCCGCUGCCUCUGCAACCACCCACCAUCCUGCCCACCUCCCUGCUUCUUCCCACCUGCACCAGCCGCUGCUGCCUGUCGACCAGUGGGAGGCAGGCGCGGGAAUGCACCGGGCACCAGGGGCGGCAGCAGGGGUCGGGGCGAAGGGGGGGAGGCUUGGGGGGGACGAGGAGGAGGAGAUGGAGGGUGGGGAUGGGCAGGGAGGAGAGGGUGGUGAGGGCGGGGAAGGCGGGGAGGGAGCAGCGCAUGCGCAUGCACUACCGCAGUGGAUGUGGACGAGAGAUGUGCGCAUCUUUCAGUUGGAGCCACAGCACGGGGCGGGGCAUGAGGUGGCGGGGCGGGCAGCGUUCAUGGAAAUGGAGGAGGGCGCGGAUGGCGAUGCUGCUGGGGGGGUGCGGCCGCUGUGGGGAUGGGGCUCGGAUGAUGAGGAGGAGGAGGAGGAAGAGGAUGACGAGGAAGAUGUGCUGCAUUCGCCCCCAUCAGCACCUGUCCUCUCAGCUCAGGGCAUCGCCUACUGGUUCUUCUGCCUGCCUGCCAUGCUCCCGCGCCUGCUCACCAUCCCUCUCCUCCCUCGCGACUCACGCAGCCGCGUCCUCUCCCUCCUCUCCCUCGCCCUCGCCCCUCUCUUCUUCCUCCUAGUGCUCCAAGGCCCCUUCCUCUCCCCUCUGCCACUCUCUCUCGCUGCUGCCUCGGGCGCUUUCCUCUCUCUUCUCGGCCUCCUCGCCUCCUCAGGCCCUUCCGGUGCAAAGCACCUCUCAGCAGCAGUGCUCGGGCCAGCUUCGCACCACCACACCCACCACCACCGCUCUGCAUCCCUCCGCAUCCCGCCGCGUGUGCUGGGGCUGCUGUGGGUGGUGCCAGGGUUUGUGAUGAGUGUAGUGUGGUUCUAUGUGGUGGCGAACGAGCUAGUGGCGCUGCUGGUGUCAGCUGCUAUAGUGCUGCGGGUCAGCUCAGCUGUUCUCGGCCUCACACUGCUCGCGUGGGGCAAUUCUAUCGGAGAUUUCGUUGCUAAUCUAGCUCUCGCGUAUGGCGGAGGGGCAAUUGGGGGAGGUGGAGGGAUUCGCGGGCGGAGUGAGCGGGCGGCAGAGAGAGUGCAGAUAGCCUGGUCUGGGUGUUAUGCCGGGCCUAUGUUCAACACGCUUGUGGGGAUUGGCAUGUCUCUUGUUCUCACCUCCUGGCAUUCCUAUCCGCAUGCGUUUGUGAUCCCUGAAGACCCCACGCUGCCGUAUACGUUCGUUUUCCUCCUUUUCGGGUUGCUGCUCUCGCUGCUUGUGCUUCCCCUCUCCGGCUUCCGCCUCACUCGACCAUUGGGGGCGUCCCUUAUAUUUGUAUACUUUCAGAGCGACAGAUACCCGCCAACCGCGCGCGUUGCGCAACACUUCCCUCCGCGCCCUCUGCACUACAAUCCUGCCGUCGCCACCAUGCCGCCCAAAAUGGAUCCCACGGCCAUUGUGGACGUGUUCGUCCGCGUGACGGGCGGCGAGGUCGGCGCGGCCUCGUCGCUCGCUCCUAAGAUCGGUCCGCUGGGUCUGUCGCCCAAGAAGAUAGGAGAAGAUAUCGCCAAGGAGACUGCUAAGGAGUGGAAGGGGCUGCGCGUUACCGUCAAGCUGACCGUGCAGAACCGACAGGCUAAGGUUUCCGUCGUUCCUAGCGCCGCGGCUCUGAUCAUUAAGGCUCUUAAGGAGCCGGAGCGCGACCGGAAGAAGACGAAGAACAUCAAGCACAACGGUAACAUCUCCAUGGAUGACGUCAUCGAGGUCGCGCGCGUGAUGCGGCCACGAUCGAUCGCGAAGGAGCUUACCGGCACGGUGAAGGAGAUUCUGGGAACGUGCGUGUCGGUGGGUUGCACUGUGGACGGCAAGAGCCCUAAGGACGUGCAGCAAGAGAUCGACGACGGCGAGAUUGAGAUUCCCGCCAACUAG